UUUCUGUGCCUGUGUCUGCCUCAUAACUCUGCAGCACAUCACCGCCGUGUGUCAGGAGCGCAAAAAUGCAAACCAUACGGUCAUUUUUUAUCCCCAACUGGUCGUCUGAUGUACGCCUGGAUGGGAAGACGGCUGUCAUCACGGGGGCCAACACGGGAAUCGGCAAAGAGACGGCUAAAGACCUCGCUGCCAGAGGUGCACGAGUGAUUCUGGCGUGCAGAGACAUGGCCAAGGCGGAGCAGGCAGCCAAAGAAAUCAUGAGGGAGGUGCCGUGCCCCAAAGUCGUUGUCAGGCAUCUGGAUUUGUCUGACACUAAAUCUAUCUGCCAGUUUGCUGAGAGUAUCUACAACAGCGAGAAGGCCCUGCACUACUUGAUCAACAACGCCGGUGUGGCGAUUUGUCCUCACGCCACCACCGUGGACGGAUUUGAGAUGCAGUUUGGAGUCAAUCACUUGGGUCAUUUUUUCCUCACCUUCCUGCUGUUGGACUUGCUUAAGUACUCAGCUCCUUCCCGGGUCAUCAACCUGUCCUCCAUUGCUCACACCAUGGGCAGGAUCCGCUUUGACGACCUGGCUGGGGAGAAAAACUACCAUCCUGUGAGAGCCUACGCUCAGAGCAAGCUGGCCAACGUCUUGUUUACCAGAGAGUUGGCGAAAAGGACAGAGGCUCUAGGAGUGACUGUGUAUUCGGUGGACCCUGGUGCCGUGAACACGGAGAUAACGAGACACGUCACUAAGCCUCUAUCGACCGUCAUCGGAAUGGUUGCUUCAAUGAUCAAGACGUCGGCAGAAGGAGCCUACACCACCAUCUACUGCGUGGUCACACCUGAGAGUCAGCUGCACAACGGCGGACACUACAAGGACUGUGCUUACAACAAGAGCUGCAGAGCGGGUCAAGAUGACGGCACUGCUUUAAAGCUGUGGGCGGCCAGCUGCCACCUGCUUAACAUCCGCUGGAGAUGAUCACCCAAAUAUUGAAACUUGUACUUUUACUGCAAACGUCACGCUGAGAGAGUUUCUGUUGUACUCCAAGGCUGACUUUGCCAGUGACCUAACAUUAAAAAGUAUUAUUG